UGAGCGACUUCACUUUCACUUUCAGUUCCAUCCUAACAGGUGUUCCUAAAACCCUCAGAAGGGAGGAGAGCAUCCGCUUCUGUUAUGCUAAUCAGGUGGUGUCAGGUCCCCGUGUUAUGUUAAUGAGGUAGGAGCCGGUUGCCUAGGUGAGCGAUCACGUGACACGAGGACUGGCGCUUCCAGCCACUCCCCAUCUCCCGGAAGGGAAGCAGGGCUGGAGAUUGAGUUCAGUCUCGGUGACGACGUGGAGCCCAGCAGAAGUGACAGGAGAACCUGCAGACUCUCUCCUGGAAGCACAGAGUCCCCUUGUCCCCAGGCCCCGGGGCACCGCCAACACCCCUUUUGUGUUCUGUGCCUGUUUGAGGCCAUCAGCCCCUCCUGCAGACAGGCGUGAGCUGGGCUGCUGGCCUGCCCUGCGUCGAGCUCGUCGAGAAGACCGGAGGCGCUGAGCCCCAGAGACCGCAUACCCCAGCUCUCCAAGCAGACAGUCAUGUCGCUGUCCUACAGGCCUUUGAGGUCAAGGAGGCGCAUUCUGACUUCCACUCAGCACCACCCAAAGGAAGACAUGAACUUCCAUCAGGAGCCACCAGCGCCGCCAGCUCCAGCACCGGAGCAGACAAUGAGUCCCCUCCACUGGCAGGUGGGAGAGAGCCAGCCAAACUUCCUUCCCAAUAACUUCCAGCAGCUGAAUUUGGACCCUCAGCAGCCAGAAGCAGAUGAGGGCCAACAGAGGCCAAAGGAGCCUGAAAACAACCUUUACAGAAAGUAUGAGGAGAAGGUGCGGCCCUGCAUUGAUCUCAUUGACUCCCUGCGAGCCCUGGGUGUGGAGAAGGACCUGGCCCUGCCUGCCAUCGCUGUCAUCGGGGACCAGAGCUCGGGCAAGAGCUCCGUGCUGGAGGCUCUGUCGGGGGUCCCCCUCCCUAGGGGCAGCGGAAUCAUCACCCGGUGUCCGCUGGUGCUGAAACUGACAAAGCGGGAGUGUGAGUGGACGGGGAGAAUCAGCUACCGCAACAUAACACAGCAGCUGCACAGCCCUUCCGAGGUGGAGUGGGAGAUCCGUAAAGCCCAGAACAUCAUAGCUGGGAAUGGAGUUGGCAUCAGCCAUGAGCUCAUCAAUCUGGAGGUCACCUCCCCUGAGGUCCCAGAUCUGACCCUCAUUGACCUUCCCGGCAUCACCAGGGUGGCUGUGGAAAACCAGCCACAGGACAUCGGACUGCAGAUCAAGGCACUCAUCAAAAAGUACAUCCAGAGGCAAGAGACCAUCAACUUGGUGGUAGUCCCCUGCAACGUGGACAUCGCCACCACAGAGGCGCUGAGCAUGGCCCAGGAGGUGGACCCUGAUGGAGACAGGACCAUAGGGAUCCUGACCAAACCAGACCUAGUGGACAAGGGCACUGAGAAAGGAGUCCUGAAGGUCAUGCAGAACUUCACCUAUCAUCUCAAGAAGGGCUAUAUGAUCGUGAAGUGCCGGGGCCAGCAGGAUAUCACCAACAAGCUGAGCUUGGCAGAGGCAACCAUGAAAGAAACACUGUUCUUUCAGACACAUCCAUAUUUCAGGUAAGA